AUGGUUUUUCGUGGGCAUGGACAUGGGCAUUGUCCACCGGCACCUUGCCUCCGCAGCUUGUCUUAUAAGAGCAGUGUGUCCUCCACCGCUUUGUUUUCUGCCAGUAGUGUACCCUCCACCACCUUGUCGUUCACCAGUUGUGUGCUGUCCUUCCCGAGUAGUGUGCCCUCCUUCGCCGCCGCCGCCGCUGCCCACGGUCUGUCCUCCUGUCGUCUUCUGCCAGGCAAGGGGCCGUGGAAUAGUUACAACAACGCGCCAAAACAAGUAAAAGAUUUGUGGUGUAAUGAGUUCAAGCGGAAGUUUAACUGGGAUGAAACGGAAGAGGAUGAAGUUAGAAGAAUUUUUAAGAAGAAAGCCGGUGAUCACAUACGAAAUGUGAUGAAUAAAGCAAAGAGAAGUCAAGGGAAGCCAGAUUUCAUUACUGGUGACGAUUGGACAGAAAUAAAGAGAAUUUGGGAAAGUGAAAAGAAUAUGCAAAGGAGUGAACAAAAUAAGAAGAAUCGAGCUUCUAGUUCUACUGAAGGGUCUGCAACAUAUGCUGGGGGCUCUAUCAACAUUGGAGAGCAUAAAAAAAGAAUGGCAAAUGAAUUGGGGACGGAACCGACAUAUAUAGGUAUAUUUGAAUGCACAUUUCAAAAGAAAGAUAAGACAUAGAUCGGUGACCGAGCAAAAGCUAUUAAG